GCGCGCGCGCAGCCGGUGGAGGUGUGAAUGGGAAAGGUGCUGGCGGUAACUUUCCUUCUCUGUGAACGGAGCAACCAAAACGACUUCUCGCAGAGUUGCAGAAGGUGCAAAUGCGCCAUUAACCAAUUCUGCGUAAAGUUCCAGUCACCGCGCAAGAGAUGUUCCGUCCACCCACUCCUUAGGAGCUGCCCACUCCUAAGAUGAAGGAAGCAACUAAGGAAUUUUCUGAGAGGAAGUUCGAGGAUGCAGGUUCCGGGAGGCUGCGGCCAUGGCGCAGAGGGUGGGCGGCCCCACGUGGUGGGGCUCAGUACUGUGCUCCCGGUUCUGGUGCUGGUCCUGAGGUGCACGCUGCUCGCCGCAGGUUUUCUGGAAGUGGAGAUGGCAGGGAAGACUCAGAUGGUUUUCCUGAAUGAAAAUGUGACCAUCUUUUGCAAGAUCCCUGGUUUCCCACACCUGGACAUCAACAGUAUGGGUAUCACCUGGUUUCGGAAGGCUCAGGUGUCUGAAAUAGAGAUCAAACUGUUUGAAUUUUUUGGAGACCACAAAGUGGCAUUCCGACCUGGAGCCAACGUGUCUCCAUGGAGGCUGAAGAGGGGGGAUGCCUCACUGCAGCUGCCUGGGGUCCAACUGUGGGAAGCAGGAGAGUACCGAUGUGAGUUGGUGGUCACUCCUCAGAAGGCACAGGGGAGAGUCUGGCUGGAGGUUGUAGCUCACCCAGUCAGUAGCUUGUUUUUGGAGCAAGCCAUGGUGAAAGACAAUGAAGACAAACAUAUUUUGUGUAAGUCAAGUGGAUUCUACCCAGAGGAUAUUAACAUAACAUGGAAAAGGUGGACCCAGAAGGAUCCCCAGUUCCAGGAGAUUUCUGAGGACAUCAUCACUGGCCCUGCCAUCAAGAAUGAGGAUGGUACAUUUAAUAUCACUAGCUACUUGAGGCUGAAGCCCUCUCUGAAGGACAGUGUGCCCAUCUACCAGUGUGUGGUAUGGCAUGUACCCUCACUCAUGUGCCAGACUUUGAACUCCACCCUGAUUCUGAUAGAAUCUGAGAAGAAAACUGACUCGUGGAUUGUUUGGUUGUAUAUUGGAUUGAUCUUUACUGGACUGAUAGUAUUAAUUUUAUUUUUAUAUUUUUUUCUUUGGAAAAGGAAACAUCCUGACCAGGCCCACCCGUGAAUGACUGCAGGAAGGAAAAAAUUAACACAUCCCCUCUGGAGGCUGACCGGAACCAGGACAUGUUUGACUUUACCCCCUCCCCUUUUAGUAUAAAAGAAGCCUGAAUUCUAACUUAUGCAAGAUGGUUCUUAGGGGCAGGAGCCCACCACCUUCUCCGUCUGCUGGCUUUAUGAAUAAAGUCGCUGUUCUUUGCCCCAGCAA